AAUACAUCAGCACCAAUAUGGCCCUCAAGUCCAGCAUCAAGUCGGGUGUGCGUGCCCAGGCCGGUCGCAAGACUGUCGCCCCUGUGGCUAGCUCCGCGGCCGUGAAGGUCGUUCGCAGCUCGGCCAUGGCCAGCGGUCUGCAGUCCUCUUUCAAGGCUGGCUGCCGUCGCGCGGCCGUGAGCCGCGCGAGCAUCCGUCGUGCUGCUCGCCUGGCGGUGCAGGCCUCGGUCCAGCCCACCCCUACCUACGACUCUCGUCGUGAGAAGACUCUGGACCGGUACCGCAACAUUGGUAUCAUGGCCCACAUCGAUGCCGGCAAGACCACCACCACCGAGCGCAUCCUGUACUACACCGGAAAGUCGUACAAGAUUGGUGAGGUGCAUGAGGGCACUGCCACCAUGGACUGGAUGGUCCAGGAGCAGGAGCGCGGCAUCACCAUCACGGCCGCCGCCACCACCUGCGCGUGGAAGGAGCACCGCAUCAACAUCAUCGACACCCCCGGCCACGUGGACUUCACCCUGGAGGUGGAGCGUGCUCUGCGUGUGCUGGACGGCGCCGUGGCCGUGUUCGACGCUGUGUCGGGCGUGGAGCCCCAGUCCGAGACCGUGUGGCGCCAGGCCGACAAGUACAAGGUGCCCCGGAUCUGCUUCGUGAACAAGAUGGACCGCCUGGGCGCCGACUUCUACAACUGCGUGAAGAUGGUGGUGUCCAACCUGGGCGCCAAGCCCCUGUGCAUCCAGAUUCCCAUCGGCUCCGAGGACCAGUUCAAGGGCAUGAUUGACCUGGUGAAGAUGAAGGCCAUCGUGUGGAACGGCGAGGAGCUGGGCGCCAAGUUUGAGGAGCUGGAGAUCCCGGCCGACAUGCAGGACAAGGCCCAGGAGUACCGCGAGAAGCUGAUUGACAUGAUUGUGGAGCAGGACGACGCCGUGCUCGAGAAGUACUUCGAGGGUGAGAUGCCCGACGAGGCCACCAUCCGCCGCCUGAUCCGCAAGGGCACCAUCGCCCAGGCGUUCGUGCCCAUUGUGUGCGGUACCGCCUUCAAGAACAAGGGUGUGCAGCCCCUGCUGGACGCCGUGGUCGAGUACCUGCCCAGCCCUCUGGACAUUGAGGCCGUGCAGGGUGUGGACAUGAACGACGCCGAGGUGUCCAUGAUCCGCAACUCGGAUGACAGCGCCCCCUUCUCGGGCCUGUGCUUCAAGAUCAUGACUGACCCCUUCGUGGGCUCGCUCACUUUCUGCCGCAUCUACUCGGGUGUGCUGGAGGCCGGCAGCUACGCGCUCAACUCCAACAAGAACAAGAAGGAGCGCAUCGGCCGCCUGAUGAUGAUGCACGCCAACAACCGUGAGGACAUCAAGGCCGCCUUCGCUGGUGACAUCGUUGCCAUCGGUGGCCUGAAGGACGUGGUGACCGGUGACACGCUGUGCGACGACAAGGCGCCCAUCAUCCUGGAGAAGAUGGACUUCCCCGACCCCGUGAUCAAGAUUGCCAUCGAGCCCAAGUCCAAGGCUGACCUGGAGAAGAUGGGCAUGGGCCUGAACAAGCUGGCGCAGGAGGACCCCUCGUUCAACUUCUCUCGUGACGAGGAGACCAACCAGACCGUCAUUGAGGGCAUGGGUGAGCUGCACCUGGAGAUCAUCGUGGACCGCCUGCGCCGCGAGUUCAAGGUGGAGUGCGAGGUGGGCGCGCCCCAGGUCAACUACCGCGAGGGCAUCAGCCGCGGCAACGAGGUGCGCUACGUGCACAAGAAGCAGUCGGGCGGCAGCGGCCAGUUCGCUGACGUGGCCAUCCGCUUCGAGCCCGGCGAGCCCGGCACCGGCUUCGUGUUCAAGUCGGAGAUCAAGGGUGGCACCGUGCCCAAGGAGUACAUCCCCGGUGUGCUCAAGGGUCUGGAGGAGUGCAUGUCCAGCGGCUCGCUGGCCGGCUUCCCCGUGGUGGACGUGCAGUGCACGCUGUACGACGGCUCGUACCACGAGGUGGACUCGAACGCCCUGGCGUUCCAGAUCGCUGCCCGCGGCGCCUUCCGCGAGGCCAUGGGCAAGUGCGGCGCCCGCCUGCUGGAGCCCAUCAUGAAGGUUGAGGUGAUGACGCCCGAGGACCACAUGGGCGACGUGAUUGGCGACCUCAACUCCCGCCGUGGUAUCAUCAACAAGUUCGACGACAAGCCCGGCGGCAUGAAGCUGGUGCAGGCGUACGUGCCGCUGUCUGAGAUGUUCCAGUACGUGUCAGUGCUGCGCGGAAUGACCAAGGGGAGGGCGCAAUAUACGAUGCAGCUGGAGCGCUACGAGGUGGUCCCGCCCAACAUCCAGCAGGACAUCGUGGCCAAGUCCAAGGCCGGCGCCUCCGCGUGAAGCAGCUGUGCAAUUGUGCAGUCUGCUUGAGGGAUUUGGUGUUGGAUGUCGAUGGCCUGGCGGCAGCGGCAGUAGAUGUUGCUGGAGCUGGCGCGGCGCCGCGCCUGCGGGUGUGUGCGGUCGAGGGUGAGCCAUGGAAGUCUGUCCAGCGGUACGAGCGGGUGGCCGCGCCGGAGCGGUGGGUUUGCUGCAACGGCUUGCCCGCGCGCUUGUCCACACGCGAGCCGGGCAGUGCCGCGGUGCAUCAAGCUGGGUAAUCGUGACAGACUGGUUGUGGUGUGACGGUAACGGGCAGGGGGUGUGACACGCACCAACAUGACAUGUGACGUGCGUCGCCCCCGAGCGCGCAAGAUGUCCUCGGUCGUUUCUUGAGUUGUUGGUUUCGUGAUGGUUACUGGUACGGUACACGGGCGGUGAAGGCUGAGCGCCUUGAUUGGUGCAAGUGGCGUGGGCAGUGGUUGUCGCUCGUCCCACUCGAUUUUGUUACGAGUUCAAAGAGGUCUGGUGAGCUGAGUGAGGGAUUGAAUCCGACCAGGAUUUGUCCAGACAGGCGAGAGCAUGGUGUGUCGAGAGUAGCCUGCAAAGGCUUCCGCAAACUGUAACUCGUAUAUCGA